GUGACGUCACCUAGAGAGAAUAAACAUGGCCGACAGCGAGUGCUAGAUGGCGAAAGUUAGCGAAAAGCGUUUGCAAAAUCGGCGAACGUCUUAGUAUUUGAUGCAGGUAUUUGAACUUUGUUUAGCACUUUAACUGUAUUAUUAUAUUUGGAUCAACCUCCCACAUGAACUGGAGGUUUAAGUUGAGUUUGUUCGUCUGUAAAGGCCUCAUUAAACUGGCCGUUAGCCCGCAGUGUUAGCCGCGUUAGCAGCCGGACCACCGCCUGCUUUUGUUGUUGUCAGCAGGUCUGCGGCGCUGGAGGGCAGAUACAGGGAAGACUUUUAGUAUUUGCAUUUCGCCACUUUUCUUGAAUAUUUUUUUUCGAGCUGGACUUGUUUUCGUGGCUGUUCCGGUGGGACUUUUUGUAUUACCUUGCGGUGUUCAGGGUUCAGCCCAUCUCGCAGCGUGUUGGCAGUGUUCAUUUGAGGCCAACUUGGCAACAAAGCCACACUUUUUUAGACACAGACUCUCUUUGAGCCGCUGGACUCUGUACCGAACAUCACAUCCAGCAACAUGGACCCAAAGCGCGCACACAGCAAACCUCAACCGAGUGGCGGCGGCAGCAGCAGCGACUCCAGCUGCGGCAGCCCCGCGUCCCCCUCCGGCAGCCCCGCUCCGUCGGCCGGUAGAGCCCCGGGGCCCGCAGGUAGAGCCCCGGGGCCCGGCGGCAACGCGUUCGCCAACGACGGCAGCUUCAUGGAGAUGUUCAAGAAGAAGAUGGAGGAGGAGAAAAGGAAAAAGGAGACGCAGCACAAAGGUGGAGAAGCGAGAGUCACCGAGCAAGGACAGAGCCCAGUGGACAAGAAGCCCCCUCCCGUGACGAGCUUUGUAAGGGGUUUGGCAGUUGUGGGGAAGCGCAGAGGUGGUGUGUUCCUAAAGACCGGCAUGGUUGCGAAGAAGCAGAAAAACGACACUGAAGCUGUGCCAGGCAAGAGCGAUGCUUGGUCAAAGUAUAUGGCUGAGGUAAAAAAGUACAAAGCCCACCAGUGUGGUGACGACGAUAAAACCAGGCCGCUGGUCAAGUAGGGUCCAAAGGUGAACAUGAAACGACAAUGUUUUGAGGGGACAACCAUCUGGGAGGAACUCCGGGAAGGCCGAUCAGUCCUGACCUUCUCAUACUGCCAGUUCAAUUCACCCUUCACAUAAAGUCUUUUACAAACUGCUUAGAUUGACAGGCCUUCUUCCCUUUUUGUAUUGUUUUUUUGUCUUGUUUAUUUGUUGGACUCUGGUAAUCUGAUGUCAAAAGGUGUUUCAGAAGUUUCAUUAUUGAUCAUUAUUGUUGAAUGUUUUCAAAUUUUGUCAUGUCUGGGUUAAGUUGGGGUUUAUUAAUAGUUGGAUUUGAUUUAAUAUCCAAAUCAAGGUGUCAAUUAAAUCUACACUGCCCAUUA